GGGACAACCGGGACCGGCACCUCCCCCACCGCUGCCACCGUCCAUCGCUUGGUCCAACCUGGAAGACCCGUCAAGCAGUUGGUCUUACAACCGGUCAAGGCGGGGGGGCCGGGGACCCCCCUAAAACCCGCCGUCACCCUGACGUCGGCGCCGGCGCAGGGUGAAUCGAAGCGCAUCACGUUGGUCCUCCAGCAGCCCCCCGGUGGUGGCGCCCCCCCGGGCCAGCGCCACGUGGUGUUGGGUAGCCUGCCCGGCAAGAUCGUUCUUCAGGGCAACCAACUGGCCGCCCUGGGCCAAGCCAAAGGGACCCCAGGCCAACCCGCCAAGGUGGUCACCAUCCAACUCCAGGUCCAACAACCCCCCGCCGGCCAAGCGGGGGACCCCCCAGAAGAUCCAGCUUCUCCAACAACCUCCCGGCGCUGGCGGGGCAAGCGGCUCCGGUGGCCGUCUCCUCCGUGCCGCAGGUGGUGGGGAGCGCGGGGGCAGAGGUUGACGGUGCCGUUGAAGGUGGUUCUUCAACCUCAGGCCGGUUCCUCUCAGGGCGGCUCCCCGGGCCUGUCGGUGGUGAAGGUGCUGAGCACCAGCGAGGUGGCCGCCUUGGCCACCCCCGGCUCGCGGGGCGCCUCGGAGGAGAGCCGCAAGCUGGAGCACCAGAAGAAGCAGGAGAAAGCCAACCGCAUCGUCGCCGAAGCCAUCGCCCGCGCCCGAGCCCGCGGCGAGCAGAACAUCCCCCGCGUCCUCAACGAGGACGAGCUGCCCAGCGUCCGGCCCGAGGAGGAAGGCGAGCGGAAGCGCCGGCGGAAGGGGCCCGGCGACCGCGGUGGGGCCAAGGAGGAGAGACCUCGCAAGGGCAAGGGGCAAGGUGGCUCCGGCAAGAGCAAGGGGCGCAGCAAACCCAGCACCAUCACCCCCGUGGUGGGCAAGAAGCGGAAGCGCAACGCCUCCUCCGACAACUCGGACGCCGAGGUGAUGCCGGCGGCGUCGCCGCGGGAGGAAGAAGAAACCAGCGUGCAGAAGCGCAGGUCCAACCGGCAGGUCAAGCGGAAGAAGUACACGGAGGACUUGGACAUCAAGAUCACCGACGAUGAGGAGGAUGAAGAACUUGACGUGACGGGGCCGGUGAGACCUGAGCAGCCACCGGUCCCGCAGCCGCCAGCCCCGGAGCCGGAGCCAGAGGGCGAGACCCUGCCCUCCAUGCAGUUUUUUGUGGAGAACCCCAGUGAGGAGGACGCCGCCAUCGUGGACAAGGUCCUCUCCAUGCGGGUGGUGAAGAAGGAGCUUCCGUCGGGGCAGUUGACCGAGUCGGAGGAGUUCUUCGUCAAGUACAAGAACUAUUCCUACCUCCACUGCGAGUGGGCCACCAUCGACCAGCUGGAGAAGGACAAGAGGAUCCACCAGAAGCUGAAGCGUUUCAAAACCAAGAUGACUCAGAUGCGACACUUCUUCCACGAGGAUGAAGAACCCUUCAACCCCGACUACGUCGAGGUGGACCGCAUCUUGGACGAGUCCCACAGCGUCGACAAGGACAACGGGGAGCCGGUGGUCUACUACUUGGUCAAGUGGUGCUCCUUGCCCUACGAGGACAGCACGUGGGAGCUGAAGGAGGACGUGGACGAGGGGAAGAUCGGCGACUUCAAACGCAUCCAAGCCCGACACCCCGAGCUCAAACGCUUGCCCCGUCCCCAAGCCGGUUCCUGGAAGAAGCUGGAGUUGUCCCACGAGUACAAGAACCACAACCAGCUCCGCGAGUAUCAACUGGAAGGGGUCAACUGGUUGCUCUUCAACUGGUACAACAGGCAGAACUGCAUCCUGGCCGACGAGAUGGGUUUGGGGAAGACCAUCCAGUCCAUCGCUUUCCUCCAAGAGGUCUACAACGUGGGCAUCCGCGGUCCGUUCCUGGUCAUCGCGCCGCUUUCCACCAUCACCAACUGGGAACGGGAGUUCAACACCUGGACGGAGAUGAACAGCAUCGUCUACCACGGCAGCUUGGCCUCGCGGCAGAUGAUCCAGCAGUACGAGAUGUACUGCAAGGACUCGCGGGGUCGUCUCAUCCCCGGGGCCUACAAAUUCGACGCGCUCAUCACCACCUUCGAGAUGAUCCUCUCCGACUGCCCCGAGCUGCGGGAGAUCGAGUGGCGGUGCGUCAUCAUCGACGAGGCCCACCGCCUGAAGAACCGCAACUGCAAGCUCCUCGACAGCCUCAAGCACAUGGACCUGGAGCACAAAGUCCUGCUGACGGGCACCCCGCUCCAGAACACGGUGGAAGAGCUCUUCAGCCUCCUGCACUUUCUGGAACCUUCUCAGUUCCCUUCCGAAGCCGAGUUCCUCAAAGACUUUGGUGAUCUCAAGACGGAGGAGCAGGUGCAGAAGCUCCAGGCCAUCCUCAAACCCAUGAUGCUCCGUCGGUUGAAGGAGGACGUGGAGAAGAACCUGGCGCCCAAACAGGAGACCAUCAUCGAGGUGGAGUUGACCAACAUCCAGAAGAAAUAUUACCGGGCCAUCCUGGAGAAGAACUUCUCCUUCCUCUCCAAAGGCGCCGGUCACACCAACAUGCCCAACCUGCUCAACACCAUGAUGGAGCUGCGCAAGUGCUGCAACCACCCCUACCUCAUCAACGGCGCGGAGGAGAAGAUCUUGGCCGAGUUCCGGGAGUCGUGUCACCACCACGUCCCCCACGACUUCCACCUCCAGGCCAUGGUCCGCUCGGCCGGCAAGCUGGUGCUCAUCGACAAGCUGCUGCCCAAGCUGAAGGCCGGCGGCCACAAGGUGCUCAUCUUCUCCCAGAUGGUCCGCUGUCUCGACAUCUUGGAGGACUACCUCAUCCAGAAGAGGUACCUCUACGAGCGGAUCGAUGGGCGCGUCCGCGGCAACCUCCGCCAAGCCGCCAUCGACCGCUUCAGCAAGCCCGACUCGGACCGCUUCGUCUUCCUGCUCUGCACGCGGGCGGGCGGCCUGGGCAUCAACCUCACCGCCGCCGACACCUGCAUCAUCUUCGAUUCCGACUGGAACCCCCAGAACGACCUCCAGGCGCAAGCGCGGUGCCACCGGAUCGGGCAGAGCAAAGCGGUCAAGGUCUACAGGCUCAUCACGCGCAACUCCUACGAGCGCGAGAUGUUCGACAAGGCCAGCCUCAAGCUGGGCCUGGACAAGGCCGUGCUGCAGUCCAUGAGCGGCCGCGAGGGCAACAUCGCGGGGAUCCAGCAGUUCUCCAAGAAGGAGAUCGAGGACCUGCUGCGCAAGGGGGCCUACGCGGCCAUCAUGGAAGAAGACGAUGAAGGUUCCAAGUUCUGCGAGGAGGACAUCGACCAGAUUCUUCUGCGCCGCACCACCACCAUCACCAUCGAGAGCGAGGGGAAGGGGUCCACCUUCGCCAAGGCGAGCUUCGUGGCUUCCGAGAACCGCACGGACAUCGCCUUGGAUGACCCCAACUUCUGGCAGAAGUGGGCCAAGAAAGCCGACCUGGACCUGGACCUUCUCAACAGCAAGAACAACCUGGUGAUCGACACGCCGCGGGUGCGCAAGCAGACGCGCCACUUCAGCACGUUACGGGACGACGACCUGGUGGAGUUCUCGGACCUGGAGAGCGAAGACGAGGAGAAACCGAGGUCCAGGCGUCACGACCGGCACCACCACGCCCUGCACCACGCCUACGGCCGCACCGACUGCUUCCGCGUGGAGAAACAUCUCCUGGUCUACGGGUGGGGCCGCUGGCGGGAGAUCUUGUCCCACGGGCGCUUCAAGCGGCGCCUCUCGGAGCGGGACGUGGAGACCAUCUGCCGGGCCAUCUUGGUCUACUGCCUCCUCCACUACCGCGGCGACGAGAACAUCAAGGGCUUCAUCUGGGACCUCAUCAGCCCCAGCGAGAACGGCAAGGCCAAGGAGCUCCAGAACCACUCGGGACUUUCCAUCCCGGUUCCUCGUGGUCGCAAGGGCAAGAAGGUCAAGUCCCAAAGCACCUUUGAUGUCCACAAGGCCGAGUGGAUCCGCAAGUACAACCCCGACACCCUCUUCCAAGACGAGAGCUACAAGAAGCACCUCAAGCACCAGUGCAACAAGGUUCUGCUGAGGGUGCGGAUGCUCUACUACCUGCGGCAGGAGGUCAUCGGGGACCAGGCGGAGAAGGUGCUGGCGGGAGCGGUGGCCAGCGAGAUCGACAUCUGGUUCCCGCUGGUGGAGCAGCUGGAGGUGCCGACGGCGUGGUGGGACGCCGAAGCCGACAAAUCCCUCCUCAUCGGGGUCUUCAAACAUGGCUACGAGAAGUACAACACCAUGCGCGCCGACCCCGCGCUCUGCUUCCUGGAGAAGGCCGGCCGCCCCGACGAGAAGGCUAUCGCUGCCGAGCAGCGCUUGGACGUCGGGGAGGGCGUGGAUUUCGACAAGGACUGCGAGGACCCCGAGUACAAACCCCUCCCGGGGGUGGCCAAGGAGGUGGACGACGAGGCGGACCCCCUGAUGCUGCUGGACGAGGAGAUCUCGGUGGUGGACGGGGAUGAAGGCCAGCCCCCGCAGGCGGGCCAGCCGUUCUGGCCGGCGGGCUCGGUGCUGACGGCGCGGCUGCGGCGGCUGAUCACGGCGUGCCAGCGCUCCUGCCAGCGCCAGCGGCUCCGCGGCGACGCGCCCGAGCGGGGCGAGCGACGGCGGCGACGCUCCGAGGCGGCCUGCAGGCUGCGGGAGAUGGCGCGCAGGGAGAAGCAGCAGCGGUGGACGCGCCGGGAACAGGCCGACUUCUACCGCGUGGCCUCCAGCUUCGGGGUGGAGUUUGACCCCGAGGGCGGGCGCUUCCGCUGGGGGCGCUUCCGCGCCUUGGCCCGCCUGGAGAAGAAGACGGACGAGAACCUCACCAAGUUCUUCCACGGUUUCGUCGCCAUGUGCCGGCAGGUUUGCCGCCUGCCGCCCGCUCCCGGAGACGGUACGGGGCAGGGGACGCGCGGCGGGGGGGCUUCCCGGGGGAGGGGAGGACCUCCUGGGGGGGUUGGAGACCUCCCCAUGGAGAUCUGGAGCUCCCUGGUGGAGUUGAGGACCUCCUGA